AGAGAACUUUCAAAGCUCUUUAUCUUCCACCAUCACUCAACCAGCUUCUUCAUUGCAGUACUCUCCAACUCAAAGUCCCUUGAAUUAUUUUCUCUCUUAAAAGCUAUAGCUUUACUACUCACUUCCAAGUUCCAACCCCAUCCCACAUCUCAUCUGAGAGAGAGACUCAGACAGAGAAGAGAGAGAGAGAGAUACAAAUAGCUUUGGGUUUGGGCUUUUGCCUCAUAUUUUCGUUUCUGUCUUUCUCUGUCGGUACCAUGAAUCCAUUAGACCUCAACAACUUGCCUGAUGAUCAUAAUCGAGACAGAGAUAGAGAUAGAGACCGAGAAAAUGGUAAACAAUUCAUCGACGGGGACGCCUCCUCCUCCUCAGGCCAUAGAAAAAAGAAAAGCGGCGGAAAAGAUGGAAAAGACGAGAGUGGGAAGGUCUACGAGUGUAGGUUUUGUUCCCUCAAGUUCUGCAAAUCUCAAGCUCUUGGGGGACACAUGAACCGCCACCGCCAAGAGAGGGAGACAGAGACACUAAACCGUGCUCGUCAGCUGGUCUUCAACAACGAUAACCUAGCCGCUCCUGGCCCUCCACAUUUAGGCUGCUGCCAUCCGAUGACAUCUCCAGGAGGGUAUCCCCACCCAAUUGCAGGAGCUCCCGGUGACCCAACAACAUUACCUCUGAGAUUCCCUGCAAGAAUGUUUUCUGGUUCUCCCUCCACACAACUCAUACCACCACCGCCAGCAGCGGCCCCAGGUCAACCACCGCAAGCCGUACAGCCUUCGCAGCCCUACUUAUACCCCUCUCCUUCACGCCCCAUGUCCUACCCUUCUUCACACUAUCAACACCAAAAUGACUACUAUGUCGGUCAUGUCCUCGGUGGUAACAACACUAGUGCAUCCCAGUAUGGCCAUCAUCUGAAUGUGAGCUAUGGCGCCACGGCGGGUGUACAAGAUCAUCAUCAGUCCAACAACAACGGUUACAACAACUAUACUUGUAUUGGUGCUCCGGUCACGCAUAGCGGGGGGUUUGGGCAAGGCAGCAGCAGCCUGAGUUCGGAGUUGACUGGAUCGGGAGGAGGAGGCGGUGUUGGUGGUGGAGCUAUGAGCUACUCAGGAACACAACCCCCUCCACCUCCUUCCAUCAACCGAUUUCAACAUGGCUUCUAAUUAAUUAUUGAAACAGGUUUUUUUUUUUUUUCUUCAUUUUAAUGGAGUUAUAGUAAGUAAGUCUGAAGUAGUAUCAUUAGGCUAUUUGUUGACACGCCAAGCAGAAAUGACAGGGAGAGAUGAGAGACUCAAAAGAAGCUGACAAAAUGGGGUCAUGAACAUGCAAGAAGAAGAAGAGAGAGACUGAGUUUUGGUGUUUCUCUACAGGAAGGACUGGACUAAGGGACAGCUUUAGAGGUCAUGGACAGGCUCAGCAAGUUUGGCUUCAAGCUGUGGGGAUUUGGAAGAGGGUUGUUGGGUUUCUUGUGUAUGUGACUUGUGUGUGUGUGUGUAACUCUGCGCUAAGCUGUGUAUACUCCCAACUCUGAAAAGGAAAAGAGGGGUGAACUAGAAAAAGAGGGGAUGUGGGACAGCCAGUUAGAAAUGAACUGAAAGUUCCCAACCCCUUUUUGCAUUUCCAGUUCGUUUUGCAUGCUAUAAUUGAAUAUUUUAA